AUGUUUUUCUCGAAAAUCUCCUUUUUUCUUGUUCAAACUGUUCUCACUUUCCGAAUUGGACACUUAGAAUAUGAGAACUCGAAUGAAACGAAGGUUUUGGAGAUUUGUAUGAAGGCGGCUGGGACGAGGAGAGAGCACACACUAAUAUCCCUCCCCUCCUGCCAUAACUUCAACGGACUCGAGAAUGCAGCUAAUUUGAAUUACCAAUAUGCAGUGGAUCUUCUAAUUGGAGCAGCAUGUGAUGAAGAGACUCAAACUGUCUCCAGACUUGCACUGAGAUGGCACAAGUUGUAUUUAUCCUCUGCUCCGUUGAGCACCAAGGAGAAAGAAGGUACCACAAUUGCUCUGAAGCCUCACAGUUUGGCUGGAACUGCGGAAGUACUCCUGGCGGUUUGUAAAUCGAUGAAAUGGAAGGAGAUUGGUCUAAUCUAUUCGGAAGAAACGAAAUACACGGCGCACGCGAUCUACGACAUGUUGGCAGAGAAGGAGGAUGAGAUAAAGAUUAAUGUGUUCCUGCAGACAGAUGGUCUCAUGAAUACUUAUUCUAUUCUACAUAGUGCUAGAGUUCUCAUCUCCUUCCUGACCACUGUAGACCUAUCCAGAUUUGUCAAGACGCUGAAAGACAAAGCCUUCAGACCACUGGAAUUCAGUAUUGUUCAUGUGGAUUGCUAUAAAUCUGAAACCUCCGAUGUCUACACCUAUCUCGACGAACAUGCAUCUGAAGAAGCCAACCCAAUCUCCGCAGCACGUCUUCGGAAACUUCAUCGCCACGUGGCACUCCUUCAAAAUUCUCAUGAUGACAACGGGAGUAUGCAGGCAUUUGCAAUGAAACAUGGAUUAGAGCCUUCCUACACCCUUUACAAAGCACUGGUACUCUGUGAUGGUCUGCAACUCCUCAGUAACUAUAAGAUUCCUCCAGGCAACUUGUCGAUUGUGGAGCAGCAGUCAUUCCUAUGGGAGCAUGUCACAAACACUGAAAUCCAUGGGUUCUCCGGUCCAAUGUUCAUAGGAAGUGAUGGAGUCCGGUUACCGUACUACGAGAUGUUCAUGUGGAGAGAUGGAAAGACACAACACGUGGCAAGUGUCAAACCAAGGGAAUCCGAAUUUUGUGGGAGCACGAAUGACAGUAAGAAUUGCUACCAAUUCACUCGAACCAUCCCCUAUGGCUCCUACCUUGACGAUCUUCCACCCUAUAACUCGGACUGUGGUUACGAUAACAAUUUAUGCAGUGAUUUUCAUGUUUUUAUGAUUGCGGCAGUAGUAUUUUCCAUUUUGCUUAUCCCUAUGGCCAUCGCAUUUUAUCUUCAACGCAAGGAGCAUCUAAUCCAACAAAUGCCAUGGAGAGUCCCACUGGAUACAAUUAAUUUCGAUGAUUCAAGUAAUGGAAAACUGGUUUCAGUAUCUAGAAGAGUGUCUAAUGUGUCUACAGCAAGGGCUUCUUACUCAUCAAUUUUUUCAGCGAAUAUUUCGGAACAUGCUCAUGUUAACAAGCAGAAGGUAUCAGUGAAACGGUAUGUUCAACGAAGAGCCAUCACUUUCACACGACAGGAGAUGGAAAUGUUGAAUCAGCUCAAAUACAUGUCGCAUGUUAACAUCAACCCGUUUACUGGAAUCUGCUUCAACCAAGGAUCUGAAGUGAUUGUUAUGUGGCAAUUCACUACAAGAUACUCAUUGGAAGACCUGAUUUUUGUGAAGGAACAGAAAUUUGGACGCAAUUUUCAAUCGACUUUUAUCAAGCAUAUUAUGCAUGGAAUCAACUACAUCCAUAACAGCUCAAUUAAAGUUCAUGGUGCAUUAUACCUUUCGAAUUGUGUUGUUGACUCGUAUUGGGUGGUAAAGCUGACUGAUUUCGGGAUAAAGAAUAUACUGAAGGAGAGGAUGCAUCAUAAGGAGUUGGCGCCGAGCUCCUCGUUUGAUAUUGAUGCGAUUCAUUAUAAAUACCUCCAACUGGCACCCGAACAUCUCUCCCAUCUCCUCGAGAAACACGAUGAGCCAAUGGGUACUGUAGAAGGGGAUAUCUAUCAGUUGGCAAUGUUGAUCUACCAGAUUUUGUUCUAUAUGAGACCGUUUGCUGAGAGACCGGAGGAUAUUAGAGAACUCGCCGACUUGCUUUCCAACCAAUCAACUGCCCCAAUCCAUCCGAAGGUUCCAGAAGGGAAUAGUUUCACAAUGAGACUUUUAUCGAUUAUUCAACAGUGUUGGUUGUAUAAACCAGUUGCCAGACCCGCAUUGAUAAAGAUAACGGAUGCAGUGAAUAGAGAAUUCGGACAGGAGUGA